UUUGCUUAUCACAAAUUUUAUUUUUUCUACGCGGUGUGAACGUUUUCGACAUUUUAUCGCUUGUUCGCCAAGAAGUUGUUUGUCAAAACGCGUCUGCUACAGAAUAUAUUUAAAUCGUUGACUACUUCAACGAUUUCACAACGUCUCUCAACUUCAGCUCGUCAACUAGCAAACAGUGUAGACAAUAGCAAUAAAACAAUGGUUAUCCAACACAACGUUAAGGGUUAUGAGGCGUUUACCAAAUUGGUAGAAGAAUUGGAAUCCAAUGCCGAUGGACAACCUAUUCAUGUGCUUUUUAGCGGUGGCAAGGACGAGACUGGGGCAAGCUGGUGUCCUUAUUGUGUGAAAGCUGAGCCGGUUGUGCAUGACGCUCUCCCUAAAGCUCCGGAAAAAUCGCAUUUCAUUCACGUGGAUGUUGGUGAGCGCGCAUAUUGGAAAGACUUGAAUUGCCCAUUCCGCAAGGAUCCCAACACACAUUUGAUAUUUUUGCCUACACUAUUGCGUUGGAAAUCGCCACAACGUUUGGAUGGUGAACGUGUCAGCAAUAAGGAUCUAGUGGAAAUGAUAUUCGAGGAUGAGGAUUAAUUAUUAAGCAGUGCUUAUGCGAAUUUGCAAAUAAUGUUAUCUAAAUUGUAUACUUACUUGCUAAUUUACAAACACACACCUGUAUUUUAAAUUAGCUUUGCAUUAAUAUGUAUGCUUGUGUAAACCGCGAUAUUAUAAAUUAUAUUAUUUGGAUUAAAAUUUAAUUAUAA